GAUGGUUGGCCUGGGAGACCGCGGACACCUGCGCAUGCGUGUCUGCGUCCGGCCCGAGCGCUGUGGGGAUCGACGCGGGGCCUUUUCCCGAGGUGCAGGGGGACGCGAGUGCCGCUUUCCCCCGUCGCCACCUCCGCGCUGGCUCCCACUCCCUGUCGCACUGGAGUUUAGGGCCGGGUCGCCGCGGACGCCGCUGCCAUGGAGGAAGGGGGAUCCCGCGUCCGCCGGCGAGUGUCUGUCCGCAAAAGGAGCCGCCCAAGCCUGGAGUGCGUCUUCGUCACCGCCGGCGAGGCCGGGGAGCGCAAGGACGAGGGGACAGCGGUUGCCGCGAGCCGGCGGCGGAGAGUCGGGAGCCUGCGACAGGCGGAGCAUAAUGACAGUGAAGAAGACAUGUUUGGUGACUACGAUAGCUUUACUGAAAACUCCUUUUUGGCUCCAGUUGACGAUAUGGAAGAAAAAUAUAUGCAACUUCCUGAACAUAAGAAACAUGCUACAAACAUUGCCAGUACAGAUCUUUGUUCAGAAAACGUCCAAAACAAACUCAGCAUUGCUCCUGUAAGCACCUUUACUGACUUAAAAACUGAUAAGCACACGAAGAACCAGAGUGGGGAUGAAGAUGUCACUAUUGAACCUGGAGCUGAUCUUUUGUAUGAUGUACCUUCUUCACAGAUUUUAUACUUUGAAAAUUUGCAGAACUCUUCAAAUGAUUUGGGUGAUCAGUCUACUAAAGAGAGUGAUCGGAAUUCAUCCUACCAGAAGACCAUGAAUGAGGAAUUGCCCCAUAAUCUCAUAGAACAACCCCAGCAAAAUGAUGAAUUGUUAUCUAAUGUCAGAACAAGUUCGGAUGUGAAUAGGAGACAAAGUAUUAAGGAUCAUCUAAAAAGUGCCAUGACUGGAAAUGCCAAGGCCCAAACACCAGUAUUUUCUAGGAGUAAACAUCUUAAAGAGACCCUCCUAUCUGAAGAAAUUAAUGUUGCUAAGAAAACAAUUGAGUCAUCAUCACAUGACCUGGGUCCUUUUUAUUCAUUACCCAGCAAAGUGAGAGACCUUUAUUUUCAAUUCAAGGGAAUUGAAAAAUUAUAUGAAUGGCAGCAUACUUGUUUAACAUUGAAUCCUGUGCAAGAAAGAAAAAAUUUAAUAUAUUCCUUGCCAACCAGUGGUGGGAAAACCCUUGUGGCCGAGAUUAUAAUGCUGCAAGAGCUGCUUUGUCGGCAGAAAGAUGUUUUAAUGAUCCUUCCGUAUGUGGCAAUUGUCCAAGAAAAGAUUUCAGGCUUGUCAAGUUUUGGUAUAGAACUCGGUUUCUUUGUUGAAGAAUACGCCGGGAGCAAAGGAAGAUUCCCUCCAACUAAAAGAAGGGAAAAGAAAUCACUAUAUAUUGCCACUAUUGAAAAAGGACACAGCUUGGUGAACUCCUUGAUUGAAACUGGGAGGAUCAGCAGUCUGGGUCUGGUUGUUGUCGAUGAGUUGCAUAUGAUCGGUGAAGGAAGCCGUGGAGCGGUACUGGAAAUGACUCUAGCAAAAAUCCUUUACACUAGCAAAACAACCCAAAUUAUUGGUAUGAGUGCAACAUUAAACAAUGUUGAAGACCUACAAGAGUUCCUUCAAGCAGAGUAUUACAGCAGUCAAUUUAGACCAGUUGAAUUAAAAGAAUAUCUGAAAAUAAAUGAUACCAUAUAUGAGGUUGACAGCAAAGCUGAGAAUGGCAUGACUUUUUCACGCCUCCUUAAUUAUAAGUAUUCUGAUACCCUAAAAAAGAUGGAUCCUGAUCACUUGGUAGCAUUGGUGACAGAAGUUAUUCCCAAGUAUUCCUGCUUAGUUUUUUGUCCCACUAAGAAGAACUGUGAAAAUGUAGCAGAAAUGAUAUGCAGAUUUUUAAGCAAGGAAUAUCUGAAACACAGGGAGAAAGAAAAACAUGAGGUGCUUAAGGACUUGAAGAAUAUGAGCAGUGGCAAUCUGUGUCCUGUUUUAAGACACACUAUCCCGUUUGGAGUCGCUUAUCACCAUAGUGGUUUAACAAGUGAUGAAAGGAAGCUCUUGGAGGAGGCCUACUCCACGGGCAUCCUCUGCCUUUUCACCUGCACGUCCACCCUAGCAGCAGGGGUCAACCUACCCGCUCGCAGAGUUAUUUUACGAGCUCCCUAUGUUGCUAAGGAAUUUUUAAAGAGGAAUCGAUACAAGCAGAUGAUUGGCAGAGCUGGCCGUGCUGGAAUAGAUACUGUCGGGGAAAGUAUCCUAAUAUUGCAAGAGAAAGACAAGCAGCAGGUGUUGGAGUUAAUAACCGGACCACUGGAAAACUGUUAUAGCCAUCUUGUUCAGGAAUUCACCAAGGGAAUCCACACUUUGUUUCUCUCUUUGAUUGGCUUGAAGAUCGCAACAAGUCUCCGUGACAUCUAUCAAUUUAUGAAUGGUACGUUUUUCGGUGUUCAGCAAAAGAUUUUAUUGAAAGACAAAAGUCUCUGGGAAAUAACUGUUGAAUCACUUAGCUACCUGACAGAUAAAGGACUCCUACAAAAAGACACUGUUUCUAAGUCUGAAGAAGAGGUCCAAUGUAAUUUUCAUAUCACAAAGUUGGGACGAGCGUCUUUUAAGGGAACUAUAGAUUUAGCUUAUUGUAACAUUCUCUACAGAGACUUAAAGAAAGGUCUCGAAGGACUUGUGCUUGAGAGCCUUUUUCAUCUAAUCUACCUAACAACCCCCUAUGAUCUGGUUUCUCAGUGUGAACCUAAUUGGAUGAUAUACUUCUGGCAGUUUAGCCAACUCAGCCCAGCAGAACAAAAUGUAGCUGGUCUCCUUGGAGUCUCUGAAAGCUUCAUUGGGAAGAAGGCAUCAGGUCAAGCCAUCAAGAAGAAGGUGGACAAGGACAUUGUCAACAGACUUUACCUGUCUUUUGUUCUUUAUACGUUGCUCAAAGAGACCAACAUUUGGAGUGUGUCUGAAAAAUUCAACCUGCCUCGAGGAUACGUCCAAAAUCUUCUCACUGGGGCUGCCUCAUUCUCGUCCUGUGUGUUGCAUUUCUGUGAGGAGCUUGAGGAGUUCUGGGUGUACAGAGCCCUGCUGGCAGAACUUACCAGGAAGCUCACUUACUGUGUUAAGGCAGAGCUCGUCUCUCUCAUGGAAGUGACCGGAGUUUUAGAGGGCCGAGCAAGACAGUUAUACAACGCAGGUUACAGAAGUUUAACGCACUUAGCUAAUGCAGAUCCUGAAGUGCUGAUAGGGACAAUCGAUCAUCUGUCAAGACGCCAGGCCAAGCAAAUUGUUUCGUCGGCAAAGAUGCUGUUGCAGGAGAAAGCAGAGGCUUUGCAAGAAGAGGUGGAAGAAUUACUGAGAGUCCCUUCCGACUUCCCCGAUGCUGUGGCUCCUUGCACUGAAAAGGCAUGAAGCUAUCUGAGGAGCAUUUUCAAAUAUGAAUUAUUUAUUGUACAUAUACUUUAUUAAAGAUUCCUUAUACUUUAUAAACAAAAAAUAUAUUUUAAUUAUACACUGAGAA